AUGGAUAGUCCACCCAAACUGACUGGUGAGACGUUGAUUGUCCAUCACAUUCCCCUGGUGCAUUGCCAGGUCCCUGAUAGACAGUGCUGCUCCGUGAGCAACAGGACCAACCCCUUCUGCCAGCCAGAGCUCAGCAUUACACGGAACGCUGCCCUUCCAGACAGAGACCUUUCACAGACUGACUCCUUGGUGUACAGCAGCUUUCUCCAGACCCCCGAAACCUCAGCAGAGGCCUCAGACAACAAAGAAGGCAAAGCAAAGGAUUUGAUUGCCCCUAGUGUCAGUAAGAGACACAUGAGUGAAGGUGAAGACCUCAGUGUCUUUGGGGAUGACUUGGGUGAAAAAUCUUUUCACCUUCACAACUCACUUGUGGCUGGCAAACCUGCCUUUCAUCUGCAUGAGCUGUCCUUGCCCCCUUUCCACCUUCACGAUUCCAACGACAUUGUGAAAUCCUGGAACAUGGCCAGCCGGUCCGGGGUGGUGGAUGGGCAAGAGGACAAAAUCAGCAGUGAUGACGUCCAGAAGAAGAACAACGCAAACAGGUGCCACCAGGCUUCGGAACGCAUGGAGCUGGAUGAAUGCAGCUGCCAUCGUGGCAGCUCCUCCAACUUCUCCUGCGAUGGUGGCGACCAGGAGUGGAACCAGAACACAGGUGAACCUCUGAGGAAUCAGGAUGCCCUGCACAGCCGAACAUGCAGCUGCUCCAGCUCUGAACUCCAGCGCUGUCGGUGCUACAGCUCAUCAAGUCAGUCUGAAGUGAUUGACCAACAGAUGGGCUACAUCAGUGACUCUUCCUGCAACAGCUCUGAUGGGGUGCUGGUGAACUUCAGUGCUCUCUACAACAAAAUGAAUGGCCAUUCUCUAUCUAACCUGAAUUCUGCCAACCUGUCCUGUGACUCUUCCUUCUGCAGCCACUCAGACACAGGAGCUUUUUAUCUGGAUUUGCAUUCAUCACCCACAGAAUCCAAGAUGUCUUGCGAGUCGCAUCACCCAGAGAGUUCAGGGAAGGUGUGUGGGUGUCAACACUCCUCCUCACCUGUCCUUGAUGCUAACUGCAACUCUUACCACCUCCACUGUGAGCCUUGCACUUCAGAGAGCUCAGACCUCACUGCCUGCUUCCAAAGCCAAGCACGGCUUGUUGUGGCUACUCAGAAUUAUUAUAAGUUAGUCACAUGUGACUUGUCUUCCCAAUCAUCCCCCAGCCCGGCAGGAUCUUCCAUAACUAGCUGCUCGGAAGACCAUACCAAAGGUAGCCCUGCCCAGGCCACCGAAUACUAUCUGUUCAGAAGGCCUGACCUGGGACAAGAGGAAGACAAUGUGGAGUGCAGUGAAGAGGAGACAAAGGCAGAAGCCACCAAGAAGAUGAUUGAGGGUCAGGUUUAUCUGAAUGUUUCACCACCGAACCUCAACACAAGCCGGCAGCGCUCCAGGAGCUAUGACCAGAACCUGGACAGGAGCCCUGGCAGCAGGCUGGGCUCCUUGGAGCGCAUGGUGAGCUGCCCAGUCAAGCUGAGUGAAAGCCCAGCAAUACCCAUCCAAAGCUCCCCCCCGAAACGAGUAACAUCCUUUGCUGAACUGGCUAAAGGCCGGAAAAAGAACAGCACCUCCCCACCACUCCGGUCCAAUGGUGAUUCCUCCUUGGAGUUCUCCCCUAUCCCUGAGGCACAGCGGGAUUGCCCAGCCUUCCUUGAAGAAAGAGCUCGCCGCAGCCAGAGUCUUCCACCCAUGCCCUUCAUCCACGGCCUGAACCGGAGCUGCGAGGGCUUCUGCUUGAAUCACGCUUUUGAGGACAGCCAGGCUUUGUGUUCCACCAAAGACUCACUCUCCAGUGAGAAGGUUCCCAGUGGGCAUGGGGCAGGUGAGCAAGCCUCUCUCUCCCUGCUGACGGCGGCAGAUGCCAGCUUUUCAGGUGGCUUUGCCAGUGGCCAUGGACAAAGAGAUGUUAGAGCCCAAGCAGACGGUGGUGGCACAGACAGCAAGCCUGUGGUACGCUACAGCAAGGACCAGCGCCCCACGACCCUGCCCAUCCAGCCCUUUGUUUUCCAGCACCAUUUCAGCAAGCCACCCAAGGCUCGUGCCUUGCACAGCCAUUUUGCCUCCAGCCUUUCCCAACUCUACAGCUUGUCCAGCAACCGGCCUGCCAGCCAGCAGAUCUCUUCGAAUUCCCAGUCCUCGGCCUCGGCCACCUCAGCGGAGCAGCCGGCGGGGCUGGGGAGCCAGGCCCAGGGCGCGCUGCUGACCCAGCGCGCGACGGAUGGAGCUGCCUCCCGCAGCAGUGACGGCUGCAGUAAGAAGCCUGCGCCCGAGACAACCCGCCCGUCCCCCCUGGGGAGUUACUCUCCCGUGCGGUGCAACGUGCCUUUCUUCCAAAGCGUGGACUCCUCUUCCUCAUCCACCGCGGAAAGAGCCGGAGAGAGCCAGCCCCCCAGGAGCAGGUCCUGCCCCAUCUCUGCCAACCUGCUCCCCACGAGGUCUUCCCCUGCUCUCAGUGCCAUGCAGCCCUCCCAGGCCACCAAAGCUGAUGCCCGGAGGCAAAAGGAGAACCCCAAGCCGGUUCCCAAGAAGGAGGCACCAUUGGAGCCAAGCCCGCCGCUCUCUGAGUACCGACUCCACAGUGGAUCCCUCCCACCCCUCUCGAUGGGCAGCGUGCCUGUGAGCAGAGUGGGAGGCUACACAGAUCCCCACUGGAGAAGUGGCAGUGAGACCAGCAGCUCUGGUCCCCUGAGCAGCAUGGGAACACGGCCUCUUAAUGCGAACCACCUCUCCCCCCAAGCACUGAAGUGGCGGGAGUACAGGCGGAGGAACCCCCUGGGUCUGGACCGCGUUUCUGGGCUGCCCGGCUUAGCAGGCAACCUAGACCGGAGGCAGCAGGAGCCUCGGCUGAACCGGAGCAACCCCAUCCUGGAGCUCCCUGGCGCUCUCAACAGCAGCCAUUUCCACUGCAAGCUGAACGGACAGUCUAUGAGGCAACUCCAGCUGACCUACACUGACUUCUUCCCUGACUACUUCUCGCUAGCAGAGAAGCCCCCUGCAGAGUUCUGCCUCUCCCCAGAUGGCAACACAGAGUCUGUCUCCAUCGACCUGCUGCAGAAGAAGGGUCUCGUGAAGGCAAUCAAUACUGCUGUUGACCUAAUUGUGGCUCACUUUGGAACCAGCAGGGAUCCAGGGGUGAAGGCCAAACUUGGGAACAGCUCUGUGAGCCCCAACGUGGGGCAUCUCAUCCUGAAAUACCUGUGCCCUGCUGUCCGGGACAUCCUGAGUGAUGGGCUCAAAGCUUACGUCCUGGACAUGAUCAUAGGCCAGAGGAGGAACAUCCCCUGGAGCGUGGUGGAGGCAUCCACCCAGCUAGGCCCCUCUACUAAGUUGCUGAAUAGCCUCUAUAGCAAGAUCAGCCAGUACACAGAGCUCACCAACCACACCAUGAGGUUCAACGCAUUCAUCUUUGGCCUCCUCAAUAUCCGGUCCUUGGAGUUCUGGUUCAACCACCUCUACAACCAUGAAGAUAUCAUCCUGGCACACUACCAGCCUGUGGGCUUCUUGUGCCUGUCUCACAGCGUGUGCCAGCCUCUUUUCGAGGAACUGCUGCUCCUGCUCCAGCCUCUCUCCCUGCUUCCUUUCAACCUGGACCUCCUGUUUGAGCACCACCUGAUGCAGAUGGGCAAAGAGCAGCAGCAGCAAAAGGAGCUGCUGCGUGUGAAGCAGGACCUGCUGCUUUCUGCUCACUCCACCCUGCAGCUGAUGCGGACACGGGGCAGCAGUGAGGAUCCCGAUGGCUGCAGCGCCUCGUCUGAUGUGUGCAAAGUGGGUGUCAGAGCUGGAGACAUCUCACCAGGACACAGCCCCCAGCCAGCUGCCAGUGAGAGGGUCAAGGGGGUGGGGGCCUCCUGCGGAGAUGGUGACAGGGAGGAAGAGCGCAGGAAGGUUAAAGAGAGCACGUGGGAAGGGAAGAAGGACAAGCAGGCAGGGUGGUGGUACCAGCUCAUGCAGAGCUCUCAGAUUUACAUUGAGGGCUCAGCUGAAGGCUCGAAGUUCGUCCACUGUGAGAAGAAGAAGGUGGCUUUGAAUGCUGGGCCCAGGCCAGCAGAGACCCGCAAGGCACCACCCCCCCGCGAAGGGGUGGUGGAGGGGGCAGAGGCUCGUCCCAUUGCAGAAGGCAUCUUGGAGGAGAGGGCCAAGGCUGCCAGCAAGCCAAGUCCUGAAGCUGUGGAGGAGCCCUUGGAAAAGCCCCAGCAGGUCCUAGCCAGUGAAGAGUUGAAGGAACGGAGCUGGCCUUUCUGGAUGGGCAGCCCCCCAGACUCUGUGCUGACGGAGCUGAAGCGCAGCAAGGAGAAGGGGGCUCAGCAAAGAGCAGGAGCAGCAGCAGCACAAGAGGAGAGCAGCACCAGUGCUUCAGAGGACAGCCAGCCCAUUAAGUGGGGACACUUGUUUGGGUCCCGGAAGGUGCAAAAGGAGCCCAGACAGCCUAACAGGUUGCCCUCUGGCUGGCUGAGCUUGGACAAAUCUGUGUUCCAGCUGGUGGCCCAGACAGUGGGGGCAAGUAUGUGGCGAGAAGCAGCUCCUGAGCCGGAGCCCCCCCAGCCAGAGCCACCUGAAGUGCCCCCUGAGGCACGGCCAGCUCGGGGGCUGUCUCCUCACCCUCCAUGUGAGGUGAAAGCCCUUUGCCAUCACAUUGCCACCGAGGCAGGACAACUGAGUUUCAACAAAGGGGAUAUUCUGCAAGUCAUCUCCAAGGUGGAUGGUGACUGGCUGCAGUGCAGCCUCGGCUCCGAGAAGGGACUGGUGCCCAUCAUGUACGUCACCCACCCGGAGGACGAGGACUAUUGA